CUCUUUCCAUCUGCGGCCAGGAAAGGAGGAGAGGGGAUGAGACCCUGAGGAGGAAGUUGAUCGAUAGGAACUUGAGUACAGUAUAACUACAUGACCAAGCGAAAGGGAUUUGACAGAUCUAUUGGACAGAUCGUCGAAUGAUUAUCUCUGGUACAUCAAGGUCAUUGAAUGUCAAACAUCAAUCAAUUCUUGGCAUCUCUGGGUUAAUUUUGCAACAGCAAUCUCUAAAUCACUUCAUUUUUGUUUCCCUCCGUAUGUUUUCCUGAGAUUUCACGCGAGAAAAAUUGCGGUAGUGGACAGAAUUUCACAACAAUCACACAUCUGCAGAAGAGGAACAUCAGGAAAUCAUCAACACUGGAAAUAAGAUACUGAAACAAAACAGAUUUAAAUACAAACCAAGGUAACUGGAUAAUAACCAGAACAGAACCUCCUCGCAAAAGUGAUAUUCGCACAGUCGAAGUUUCCUGACAAAAAUCUCCCAGCAGUAUUCAGUGGUAAGUGAGGUAAUAUAAGAUGUUUGCGACAGAUCUCUUUACUCUAGUAUUUUUAUGAUUUUUCCGCGGAGAUUUCAAUAUGUAAGAUGUUUGGGUACCGAGCUGUCAUGAAACAGAUUUCAAAGUUACCAUCUUCACAGCUCCCAAAUUGUUUCCUGUCUACAUCUCGUGGAAACUUGUUCCUUCUUAGAGAGGUUUACAGACAAUGAUCUCAUAGCGAUACAAAGGAUUAUCAAUAACUUGGUAUUUUAUAGAGGAAAUCUAUGAUCAGCUCUAUUUAAAUGACUGAGGAGAUGUUUAUUUUGGGCGGUUCUGUUCCACAAGGUUAUGGAGCGUAACGCUUGUUUCAUUUCCCACUGGGACACUGUCUAAUCAACAUUAGGAAUAAUUCAAAGCAAAGAAAGCUUAGAGCCACUGAAAGGUAAUUUCUAAUUUCUGGUAUCCUGUGUAUUCUUUCGGUUAUCGUACACAGUUAAGUUUCCGCAUAUCGAAAUCACCACAGAAGCGAGCGCGGAAACGAAGCCAUAUGGAAAUGGUCUCCAUUCCUUCCAGCGACGCCAUUCAUUUCUAAUUUCUAGAGCCUUUUUUGUUUAGCGUUGUUUUGGUUUAAUGUUUGUAAACGUUUUUCUUUUCAAAUGAUCACUUCAACAAAAAAAGCAACUUCUGUUUCCUCCUCAAUUAUCCAUUAUUUUUUGGUCUUUGGAUUUAGGAGUGACCUUUGUGUCUGGUGUAACUUGCGUGACACUGGAGUGUUUUUUGUCACAGCUCCCUAUGCACGGAAAUAGAAGAAAUAUGCAGAUGUAAUAGAUUUUUAAAGCCUAUCCACCGGUUCAGUCAGAUCAUCAGGAGGAAAUUCUGUGUCCAGUUACAACGGUCAACUCAUAGCUCAGCAAGUGUUUCCUUCUCCGACAAGUAUCAGAUUUUCUAUCGCAUUUGAAAUGAGCCCCACGUCUGAUUGAACUGUGUCAUCCGUCAAUGUCACCCGACCUUCAUGAACGCAAAUAUACUGUAAUCGUUUCCACAGAACUUAACUUUCCUAAAUCGUGUAAGAAAGGUCGUUAUGAUGGAAGAGUAAACUCACAUUCCAAAUAGACUGGAAAGCUCAUAUACUACAUACGUAUCUAAAAUACCUUUGGUAAAACAAUUUUUAACUUACCAAUAUACAUCGGGAAUUGGGGAGUGAAAAGUACAAGCGAUCAAAAAAGACUCUUAAUAGAUCAAAGGUUUGUAACCUGCGUUCAUCCGCCCUUCUUUCCACAGACAAAUUGAUUUCUUUUAAAGGAGGGGAUGAAUUCACAAAGCCAUAACAAAAACAGACUUUCAGAAGUCCUCUAGUUGAUAGAAAUCACUUUUAUUCUUCCUGACUAAUGACAAAAGGUUCGAGUGGCAAAAAGCUGUUUAACUUGAGUUAAGUCGAAGGCCUCUUCGUUUGAUUGAUGGAUACUUAGGGCCUCAGGAGAGAGAUUAGACCGUGCGGAGGAAAUGUUAAAUUCGGAAAAAAAUAGUUUUUUUUUUGCACGUUUUACCCUAAUCUUCCGAUUAACCAGCAGGAAUUAAAUCUGAACAGUUUGCAAAAUGAAAACUCCUCAAUCACCUCUCAAAAAUGCUACGUGGAACGAGGAAUGUGAGGACGAUGUAGAUAGUUUUAUUUUGAUCACGUCAGCAUGAGCACAAUAUCUGAAAGGUCUUUUUUCUGCUUUUCAGAAUCUUUCCCUGAUCUUGAAAAUAUGUUUAGGUACGAUAUUUUACGAGAAAAAUUCAAAUGCUCCGUUUUACUCAUAAAAGGGAAGUCUAGCAAAGAAUAAAACGCUUCUUCUUUCCGUGAAUCACAUGUAACAGUUUCUUUACGCGCGAUAACAUAAAUUUACCUUUGAUAUUUUAAUUUUAUUGCGUGAUAACAUGCUGUGACAUUUUCUUCCGAUUUUGUCAAUAUAAAAGAACUUGCGCAAACAAAAAAAGGAUCUUUUGCGGGCAUUUGCUUCAUGUUAAUGAUAUUUCCAUUUUGAAAUGUACACAAAAGCGUGAGUUCUUUCAAAGUCUUGGUUAUGCAAAUUCACGUACAUUAGGCAAUUUUAACCCGCUUUUCAUGCAAAUCAUCGAAAAGUGGAAGUCGAAUUUCGAGUUUGUCUACUAGCGAAGCUUUGAGCAUAAGGUAAUGAUAUGAGUGUACUGGCUUAAAAGAUGGUACGAUAACAUCCACGUUAACUUGAUCGAUUUGGUUCAAUUUCAAGGCCAUCCCGCAAGUGAAAGAAAGGUGAUAUUGUUUAUACCUUGAAAUUUUGCGACCUAUCGACAGGUUCUAGGAAAUUUAUUUUGGCCCAGAGACACAGCGUCAAGAAUAAAUUAAAUCCUGUCAUUGAAGCCGCUUGGUCGACGAAACCGAGGUAGGUACUUAGAAAUCUUGCUGUUACUUGACUCCACAAUUAUCUUAUCGCUUGCCUCGGACACUAAUCGAGUACAUGAAGUUACAUUCGGUCCAAGUUGAAAUAUCUUGUUCGCUAUACAUUCAGGCGUCCUUGAAUUGUCAGGCAAAGCUUAAAUUAAAUUCUUUGUGUGGUGCUCCACUCCUCGAUUCUUCUCACCAAGUGAUCGUGGACGCGCGAACUUGCAUUCUCGAUGAAACGUGCAGUCGUUCGUCGAUUUAGAAAAUUAUGAUGCUUAAAUUUUGUUUCUUUGGCAAAUGUACCGUAAAAAAGCUGACCUGCUGACCUUUUUUUCUUUGGUUUAUAUUCUUCUUUAUUAAACACAGAAAAUCAUCAUUACUUUUUUUCUAUGACCGUUUCGUUCGGAGGAUUAAUUUGCAAGAAACAAUCUUUUAUUGAAAAAUUCAGGUGUUUUCCGCUUAAUUUCUCGUUUUGAUACCCAGUAGUGGCUUUUUAAACAGGCUUGGGUGGUCAAGGGUAAAGGGGCUGUUUUAAAAGGAAAUUCUAAUUUGAGACGACAUCCUCUGGAUUAGCAUAAACCAUAAUAGAAGAAAUAACUGGAAUAGGGCGACACUUGCGUUUCCUCUGCGGCCUGAAGUUUCAGUGUGCUACUGUUAACGAUGUAAGGUUUAUAUACAUUUCGUUAUUCUGUUCAGUGACACGCAAAGUUAAUUCAAGUCAUUGUGUUCUGUUGAUAUUAAACAAUCUAUGGCCUCGCGGAUAUUUAAUCGCUUUGGAUCAACCCUCCCUUGAGUUCAGCCUUCUGCAAACAUUCCCCAUGUACAUUAUAACAACAUACAGGCAUCCAUAACUGUAGGGAGAUCAUUAGUUCCUCUACCGCAGUUGAAAAGAAGAAUAAGGAAUUUCUUGGCCGUAUUGUAAUGCAUGGAAACUUCUUGUAUUGAGGUCAAGAGAAGUAUUGUUUGCCUGAGUGGUUUGUUAUAUUCGAAUGCCAGUCUUUCUUUUUCAGGGUAAUGUGUACUUACACUACUCAUGUAUCGUACGUCUGUUAUAUUUGGUAAUCAUGUAAAUUGCAGACUGAAUAGGUUUGUUCGUUUUAUCGGGAACAAUUUAGACAAACUUCCAACUGUUUCUGAAAUGAGGCGGUCAGGGUUCAGUUCCUGAUUAAUGUAUUAACACAUGGAAAACAUCGCCAAUUGCAAAUUACUCAUUUUUUUAGGGCUUCAGCGUUGUGUUCAAGUUAAAAAUUCAGGUCUCUCAGAGGCAAGAGUACAAGGGAAACAAGCACAAAAAUAGUACAGAAAGAGAAAAUGCAGAAGUUAUUCAACACUCAACUCACAAGAACGACUUCUACAUGAAGAACAUGAAAAGUUCGAGUCUAAAAUUCUGUAGAGAUAAAUUUGCAUAAAAUGAAUACAAGCUCUUAUAUUUCACUGAUAUUGGGUCGCUAAAAGUGUUUUUUUUUUUGCCUAAACAAAGUAGUGAAGAUUACUCUUGACCCUCGCAGUCAAUUUAUGACCGCUGUGCUACAGUGAAAUAUACGGACUAAUUUUGAAAUUUCAUAGAAAGUUGCUGCUGGAGCAAUGAUAAAAACAAACUUUUAAGUUUGAGUUUCCCGAAUGUUCGAUACAUUUAGCCUGAAGGCGAAUAUAAACAAAAGAAUGAGCCUAAACGUGGAAUAACAUAAGGGUACAGAACUUGCAAAGAGAUCGCUAAGUAUAUCAGCGAUUGGUCCAUGACACAUGAACCAAUCAGAUUUGCAGAUUUGCUUACAGCACAAUUGAUGCCUUUAAAGAAGAAAUAAUUAUACUGCACCCGAUCGAACGCUGCAACCUGGAUUCAAUUUCUUUUGCGUUUUAACAAGUUUUUAAACUGUAGGUAGGUUUUUGUGUAUUUUGACCCAGGCUGUACCGGUCCUCCUUGCGUUUUGUUUGCCUAUUUUCUUUCUUUUUUGACUUUUUGUGUUGUCCUUGUUGUGGAUUUUUUUUCUUAAAUAUGGUUAACACGGGAGUACAUGAUGUAACAUAGAUCUUCCAUCCUUCAGGAAAUAAAAAUUCUUCUGACUAUGGCUGACGAGAUUGAGGAGAUUAAGUUCCAUAUCAUCAAGAAUUCCGAUAAAUCCAACGGUAUUGCUAACGGGAUUGAGAAAGCGGACUUUAGUACCUUCAGAGGGGACAUCAUAGUAUGCUGUGGAGGAUACGAAGGGAGAUUCGAGCUGGAUACAGUAGAGGCAUUCUGUGUGAACACAAACACCUGGGCUGAUCUACCUCCAAUGCCAGUCGAAUGCGACAGUUUAACUGCAGGGGCUUAUGGGAGUGCUGUGUUCGUGGCUGGAGGAUCUGACAGGUGACGUCACUGCACUGUUGUUUUUUAUUCUGAGACUUACUUCGUGGGUUAGGUAAGCCAAGAGGCUCGGUAAACCUUUUUGUCUUUCGUCCAGAGACUCUUUAUAGAGAACAAAAUGGUCCUUGUGUGCACAUGUAAAGCCCCCCACAAUCGACUUGGGUAACCUUUGAUUUACUUCCUGCGAUUCUCUUGGAUUGAAUUGACCCAAAUAGCACUUAUGAGCCAACAGAACAGCAACACACAAAAGGUAAAGAUAUUUGAGGCUGAUUAGGCAUUGAUCCAUGUCUGUAUUUGGCGAUAAGUCGCUUUACAGUGAAACAUACAUUUACAAUGAAAUUAUAGCGUGGUGCACAAUCAGAUUUUUUAGGCCUCCUGAUGUAACAGAGGCCAUUUACAUCGUCACAAUAAAUUGAAUAUAACGAGUUUUCCGGGCUGGCCAUAAGCUGUAAAACCAAGAAAAAAGUUCACAGUGAUCGAAACUAAACUAGGAUCCUUGCUAUGUUUACAUUAUAAACAUUUUGGAACAAACGCUAUGACUAAGUUUUUUUGAGAAACGUUUUCGUUUCUCUAUUACAGGAAAAAGCCUCUUGAUAAUGUGUCAAUGUUUGAUUGGGAAGAACGAGCUUGGAGGAAACUGGCCCCGAUGGUCACAGCUCGCUCAUACUCCUGUGGAACCAUGGAUAAAUCGCGGGCUUGUCUGCUAGUGGCAGGGGGAUUUAAUAACAGAGAGCUGGACUCCAUGGAAAUUUUUGAUGUGAAGACUGAAAGAUGGCUGAAAGCUCCUGCCAUGCCAACAGCUCGUACAAAAUCUGGGGGAGCUAUCGUGGGAGAUUACUUUGCUGUGGUCUGUUGAAUAUCAUUUUUUCCUCUAAAGAGAACUCUUCACGAUAUUUAUUGUGUCUAUAACAAGCGAUUGGAACUCAUCCGCCAACAUUCCUUUAAUGAUUGAGUUACGUCCACUACCUUUAAUUGCUUUAACAAGGGUGUAAUGGUGUAGUUUGAUCUUCCGGGUGAGUAUAUUCCUGAGAAAGACUGUUGUCGGUAGUGGUGACUGACGUUUCGACAACCUGAGCGGAAGUCAUCAUCAGGAAAUCAUCUGCUCAGGUUAUCGAAAUGUGAGUCACUUCUACCGACCACAGUCCUUCUUAGGACUACACUCACCUAGACGAUCAAACUACAUUAUUACAUGUUACUCCUGGGUUCAAACCAUUUACUGCAUUUAACAAGAGUAUCUCAAACAUUUAUGAUGUCCAUGUGUUCGAUCUAUUGGGUCUUUGAUUAGUUUGUUGUGUUGUCUAGUUGUUUACAUCUUUUCACAUUAUCUCAUAUCAGCAAGGGAUACAAAUGGGUUGACUAACACGCAUGGUUCGUCAGUUCCCUUCUAGUCUACCCCACUUCUUUGUUAUGGACUUACAGUUUUAUUAAUUGAUACAGUAAUUAUUAAUACUAUUUUUAUUAAUAUUAUCAUUAUUGUUAUUAUCAUUUUAUCAUGUGACGAUGUAAUCGCAGUAAAAAUGGAAUAAAUUAAAUGGGAAUGAGCAAGCCCCGACGACCUAGUCAAAAAUCAGCCCGGGAAGAAAUCGAACAAAUGGCUGGAGGGUCAGGAUAGGAAGAAGUGAUAACUUAGCAUUGACUCCUCACAAAUAAUAACACUUCUUCGCUUAAACUCAGACUGAUGCCCCUUCUGCAUCGUCAAAACAAUAGAAUUAGUGGUCAUGUUAUCUUAUUACCUAAUAAUGUGUCAAUCACUGUAUUUUCAGGUGGGUGGGGACGAAUUUGGUCGUCCAACCGAUACAAUCCAAUGUUUCAACUUGAAAACGGAGAAGUGGGAAACGUUUCCCGCCAUGAGCACGAAACGUCGACGGUGCGCAGUCGUAGCCGUGGGUGAGAAGCUUGUUGUGGCGGGAGGUCUGACGCUUGGUGACUAUUCGCUAGAUACCAUAGAAAUGUUUGAUCUGCGCAACCGGAAAUGGUUUGAUCUUCCCAACAUGCCUUGCACGCGAUUCGGCUGUGGUGCGUGCGUAAUAAAUUCACAAAUGUUUCUCUGUGGUGGCAACGAGAAGUUGAGAAUGAAGGCGUAUUCAAACCGGCUUGACUCGUUUGACCUGAUGACGCAUACCUGGGAAAUCCUUCCAAAUAUGGCACACCGUAGGAUCCAUCCUGUUGCAGUGUCCGUCAGUGUUUAAACAGCGGUCCAGACGACAGCAAAGAUGGACCACGUAAAAGAAUAUCCACAUCUGAUGAUGUGUCCAGGAUGCUUAAAGUUCCUUUAUACGGGAGGAGAACUUCGCUCCUUUUUAUCUUUUUGAUUAACUUUUCGUUUAAAUUAUUAUAUUUUUUAGAAGACUAAAUUUCCAGAAUGUGUCUUAGAAAUACGACCAAGUUGAUUUUUUUUAAACAAAGUCCAUUUUACCGAGAGAAUGUUCAAACCACCCAAAGAUAAGAAGUUGAGGUGACGUGUAUUGUUGAAAGAAGUAAAAGAUUGAUUCCAGA